CAACAGUGCUUCGUAAUAGAUCAAGAACUAUUCAUCUCUUGUAGUUUGACAAACAAAAUGCGUUUAGCGAUUUCUGUACUCGUUUUCUUCGUAAGUUACGCGGCCGUUAAUGCCGUCGCAGAUCCUCAAUUGCCAUAUGACCUUUCUCCUGAUUAUUUUGACCGGAAUCCUGACUUUACUCCGGAUGGGCUUCGCACAGUUGGCAUGAACGUCGGUGGAUAUCUGUUGUCUUUUCCAAGGCAAACUAGAACGGCAGUGAGAAUUCUGGCUUCCACAGUUACUUGUACGAUGUCGGUCGCCAAUCGUUGCAGUGUUCGGGCUACAGGAGGCAAACCAGCACGACCUGCAAGACCAGCGCGACCUGCAAGACCAGGACGACCUGCAGUCGCCACCGAGCAGAAACGCGACACCGCAGAGAAUGACGAAGAGGACUUUGAAGCGGAACAAGAACAAUUCCUUAUAGCUCCUUCUGCUGUCCAAGAGCUUGAGACCACACCAUUACCAACGCGAGAUGCUCGCGCUGCUGAUCCGCAACGCUUCGUGAUGUCUCCGGGAUUCCGUUACCAACCCCAAGAUAUCCAAUCAGCUUUCGAAAGCGGACCUUAUGAGAUGUCUCUGCCGUUCAACAGACGAUACCCACUUCGUGGCCAACAACAACGUCAAAUGCCAGCCUUUAUCCAAAGCUUAUUCGCCGCAACAACAGUGUCAACUAGCUUCGGUUUCGCCUUUUUCACGGUGACUCCAUCGUGUUCAGUUGCCGGCCCGCUCCCUCAGUGUCCAAACGGGAAAUAACUCGGCAUUAGAUGUAAAGUCAUUUACUUAACG